AUGCGCCAGCUUUCUCUGAUGGACAUGAAAGUGGAGAGUGAGAGGGGAGAUUCCCCACAAGAUGAGAAUAGAUCUCGGUUUUUCAUUUGGGGCACGCUUGAUGGGUUCUUGCGUCAGCAGGGUGUUGAGCGCUACGUGUUCUUGAAACAAGGGCGAGCUGAGGUGAGCCGAAUACUCACUACCAUUUUUAGAGGUCUUGAGUCGAAGCAGGGAACGAGGGAAGGACAAGAGUAUACGGAACGAGAAGUGAAGGCGGGGGCAGCACCUAUUGGAAAACCUUGA